AGUUUCCUCUUCCAUUUCUUCUAGCGCACCGCACUCUUCGCGCCUCUCCCAAACGCCGCCCGUCAGAAAAGCGGUGGAGAAGCCGGGCUGCUGCCGCAUCCAGGUUCCAGCAGGUGGCGCCGCCUGCAUGUCCCCUCCUGCAGCCACCCCUUUUGAGGCUAAUCGCGAUUCUCGUCUCUGCCAUCCUGUCUCUUUGGCACUGCUGCUCGUCGAAGCGAGCAAAACAACGAAUCGACGGCCUGGACAGCGGUUCAUCGCUAACAGACUCCCCUAUCAUAUAAACUCGCUGCUACGAUUUCCGGGGCUGCCCAUCACUGGAUCUCCCGCAGCCGCGGGGCUUGUUUCGUCUCCAGCUGGGGCCGGGGCCGUGGUUCCGCCUCUCAGGGCUCCAUUUUAUCUUCAUCUCUCGCCAGCGCCACACGGCCACAGCGCCGGCCAACGUUCGUUUUCUCGUGGCGCGCGACAAACGUGGCAGCCACAGUUGAUUCGUCGCUCGCUACCCAGGCCGGGCAGGGUGUAUUUCGCAUUUACGGAGUAUUUCCGUUCGUUGAGCAUCUCUCGUUCGUUUCUUCCUCGCCUAUGCUGCCAUGAUGUGAUGUCGCUUGGCUUGCCAAUGCCACCUUCCAUCACGCAUACUGAAUCCGUCGGUGCCGGCACUGAACAAACGACCAAUCGCUUUAUACGGUGAAGCAUCACUAAGACGCCCAACAUCUCUCACUCCGCUGCUAUCGAUUAACUUUGCGAGACAUUGAAUGACGAUAGACUUGUAACAACCGCCCUAUUCGGGGGAUCGACUCUGGCUAUAUCAUUACGUGAUCAUUCUGCUUGUAUGAGACAAGGCCAGCUCGCCAGAUACCCACGAACCGUAAGCAAGCAAUCACGCAA